AUGUGUCCUUGGAACAGACGUAUAAUCCCUGGUGAAAUUGCUGAACUUGGUCACAUAUACGUGUCAGCUUCUUCUUCUCUGCAAGCUCUUCACCGACAAUUGAUUCGGAUAACUAUCUCACCGCUAAUUUCUUUGCCGGUUUUGGUUUUGGAGUUGAGUACGACAUCUAGAGGCUUGAAGACGAACCGUUGUUUCAGUACUUUCGGAUUGAUACUGAUAGUUGGAAGAGGAGAACAGAGAUGGGGAAAGGCCCAGGUCUAUAUCCCGAUAUGGGCAAAAAAACAGAGUAUUUACCACCACCGUUUGCCUCCAUAUGUUGAAGGAAGAUGGAACUAGGUCGCGAUGCUCCUAUCUUAUUAAAGCCUCGAUUUCCCUUUUGCUUAUCUCCACCUAUAUUUUAUACUUGGGCAUAGAUAGUCGGAAGCAAACGCCUCCUGCCACGAACUCUGUUGACUCCUGCUUUCUAUGUCACCACCAUCGAACGGACAAUACACCACCAAUGGGUUUGAACAUGAGUUAUGGUUAAAACACACCUACCUUGAAUACUCGAUAAUUCAUGUAGAAACAUUUAAAGAAGUUAUAUUUUAUUUAUAUUGAUUUUUAAGAAUAAAACACACCUACC